AUGUUGCAGCCCAUCAGGUGUGGAAUUUCUGGAGGAGAUUUACGACAAAGAGCCCUGACAAAGCUAACAGUGAUCACCUCUCUGCUUGGAUGCCCCUUCCUUCAGUGCUUACACAUAAAAGUUGGAGACAAAGCUGAACUUACCAGAGCUUUUACGCAGGACGAUGUUGUUACUUUUUCUUGUUUAACAGGUGACACAAAUCCUUUGCAUUUAAAUGAGGAUUUUGCAAAGAAAUCUAGGUUUGGAAGAACUAUUGUGCAUGGAGUUUUGAUCAAUGGACUUAUUUCUGCAGUUCUGGGUACUAAAAUGCCUGGUCAAGGCUGUAUAUUUCUUUCACAGGAGAUCCGAUUUCCAGCUCCUUUAUAUACUGGUGAAGAAGUUGUAGCUGCUGCGGAAGUUAAACGCCUGAAGGGUUCUCUGGCGCACAUCUUGGUAUCAUGUAAAGUCAGAGAAAGUGGAAAGACUGUUAUGGAAGGGAUGGUGAAAGUCAUGGUGUCUGACAGUUAGAGCUUUUGAUCCUGUGCUACUUUACUAUAAAGGAGUUGCUUCACUUCCCGUUUUCUGCCUUGGGUCGCUGCCUGAUCACUGGCUUUGCCAAGCAACACUUUUCAAAGCAGGCAUGCUCCUUCCCUCAUUCCUUGUUCACCUGCCUCUCUAGAAGGGAAGUCAUCCUGUAAAUGCCUGUUAAGAAAAGGCGUCAAAUCUGUGUCUGACCCGUGGGUAGCUGCAUCGGGAGCAGUUUGGAAAGGUCACUCACUAUUCCAGCCUGAGAUGUAGCUGCAAGAACACAAGAAAGGGCAGAGAAAUGUUCAACAGGAAGUGGGUUCCCAGGUGCUGAGCAGCGUAGAAAUAGUGUUUUCCAUGCCACUACGACAACAGCAGAAUUGUUGGGCUCCACUUAAUAACUUUAAAUCUGUGUUUAGGAAAUAAAUUAACC